UCCGUAACUCCACUUACCACCUCCACCGCGAGCCCAUCCAUUCAUCUCUUUCCUCCGCUCCCGAAAUCUUUAUUCAUGGCCACCACCACCAGGACUCCGCUACCGCGUCCUCCCGAUACGCUACCGGAGAUGUCUCCGUCACAUUCUCGCCGAUACGCCCGAAGCCCCGCCCUCCUCUCCCUUUCCUCCGCUAUAAAACCCUUCCCGAAGUUCGAGUUUUCGAUUGGGAGGCGUCGCGCGAGCUGCUUCGUCGUCGCGAGAUCCGGCACGGCGAUGGGGGAACAUGCCGUCUCGGAUGAGAGGAUGCUGGUGAUGGUUCCGCCGCAUCCAUUGAUCAAGCACUGGAUCUCUGUUCUCAGGAACGAGCAGACCCCCUGCGCCAUCUUUAAGAGUGCCAUGGCAGAACUUGGGAGAUUACUCAUAUACGAAGCUUCAAGAGAUUGGUUGCCUACAAUUACGGGAGAGAUCCAGUCACCAAUUGGUCCUGCUACUGUUGAAUUUAUUGAUCCACGUGAGCCUGUGGCGGUCAUUCCCAUCUUGAGAGCUGGUCUUGCUCUAGCUGAGCAUGCUCCAUCAGUUUUGCCAGCAACAAAAACUUACCACCUGGGAAUGCGCAGGGAUGAGGAAACACUACAGCCCUCUGUAUAUCUGAACAACUUGCCGGAUAAAUUUCCAGAGGGAUCUCGUAUACUUGUUGUUGACCCUAUGCUGGCAACUGGUGGCACAAUAGUUGCAGCUAUUGAGUUGUUGAAGGAUCGUGGAGUUGACAGCAAGCAAAUAAAAAUUAUAUCAGCUGUUGCUGCCCCGCCAGCAUUGCAGAAGCUCAGCAAGAGGUUCUUAGGGCUUCGUGUAUAUGCAGGAAUAAUAGACCCAGUUGUGAAUGAGAAAGGGUUCAUGGUCCCAGGGUUGGGAGAUGCUGGGGACCGCAGCUUUGGUACCUGAAACUUUGCCUGCUCUCGAUGUAGCUUCUCUUGUCUUCCCAAACUAUCAGAGACUUUGAGCAUGGUUUCUGCCAGUUUUUUUAAUGCUGAGCAUUUGCAAAAUCUCUGUCGGCGCUCUUUUGAUGAUUCUUGUUGGUUAUCUUUGGUGUCGGUCGAAUUUUUCCCCUCAAUCACCUCUUAGAGUGACAUGUCUGGAAUGUGAUUCCUCUUUUUUUUUUUUUUUUUUUUUUUGGAGAGGAGCUUGGUAUGUGAUUCCCCAUUUGGCAUUUAUGAGAUAUGAGAUGUUUUAGGCACUCAAAAAAUUCAUAAUUUUUCUGGGUAGUGGCGUGCUUGUCACGUGAUUCCAUUUUAGGUUUUCUUUGUUUUUAUUUGGUAAACUAUCAUUCUAGGCUCUAAGAAUA